AUGCAGCCUUCAUCGCUAAAUAAUUCACCAAGGCGUACAAAUCCUUUUGGCCGUCACUCUCCUUCUCCCUCCCCCAGUCCCCAGGUACCGCCGUCGCGACCGAAAUCUGCUGUCUUUCCAACAUCGUUCACAGACUCCGAUAGGAAGCCGCAUGCGCGGAAUUCAUCUCUGUCACAGUUCUCAGCAGUUGCGCUUGGAUCAAAUACCCGAGAUCGAUCGAGUUCUCUUCGACAGAGUGUUCAUGCAUCCGGAACCUUUGCGCCACAGUUUAUUAAAUCCGAAGAGCUCGCAAAAGGAAUAGAUUCGAUACAUGAACUGGAGGGCAAUAAUGACUUCUCAGGCAAACGCUACGUAUGGCUCAAAGAUGCCGAGAAGGCAUUUGUUAGAGGCGAAGUGGUCGAGGAGAGGGACAAUGGCGAGCUGUUAGUUCGAUGUGAAGACGGUAGUCAACGAGAGGUCAACUCUGACCAUGUCGAUAAAGUGAACCCGGCGAAAUUCGACAAAGCUGAUGAUAUGGCUGAAUUAACGCAUCUCAAUGAAGCGUCUGUUGUGCAUAACCUGCACUUGCGAUAUCAGUCAGACCUGAUUUAUACCUACUCCGGCCUUUUCUUGGUGACAGUAAACCCUUACUGUCCACUUCCAAUCUACACAAACGAGUACGUGCGAAUGUACAAAGGUCAAAACAGGGAAGAUACCCGACCACACAUCUUUGCAAUGGCCGAUCAAGCAUUUCGAAAUCUUGUAGAAGAAGGCGAAAACCAGAGUAUCCUUGUCACUGGUGAAUCCGGUGCUGGCAAGACGGAGAAUACCAAAAAGGUCAUUCAGUAUCUUGCAGCAGUAGCCACGUCUGAAGCAACUGCAUCUCGAUCAACUGGAAAGCAAUUUUCUAACCUCUCUCAACAAAUCCUUCGUGCAAACCCUAUCCUUGAAGCUUUCGGAAACGCCCAGACCGUACGGAAUAACAAUUCUUCACGAUUCGGAAAAUUUAUUCGCAUUGAAUUCACCCGCUCUGGUCAAAUUUCAGGAGCUUAUAUUGAUUGGUACCUGCUAGAAAAGUCAAGGGUGGUGAAACCGAAUGCUCGGGAGCGUAACUACCAUGUUUUCUAUCAGCUUUUGCAGGGUGCAGAAAGGAAGGUUAGAGAAAACCUUCUUCUCUCUGACUUGCAGAUUGUAGAUUUUGCAUACACCAGGGAUGGGAAUGACUCGAUUGCUGGAGUCUCUGACACUGAGGAGUGGAACGCCCUCAUGGAAGCAUUCCAGGUCAUGAAUUUCUCCGACAAUGAUCGAAUGUGCAUCCUACGUACUGUAGCUGCCGUUUUGCAUCUUGGAAACAUUACUGUUGUCAAGGAAAGUAUCCGUGCUGACCAGGCUGCUUUGACACCGGAAGCUUAUAAAAGCCUAGAUAAAGCCUGUCGUCUUCUUGGAGUGGAUAUGGAGCUUUUCACCAAAGGUUUAUUGCAUCCCAGGGUUAAGGCCGGUCGGGAGUGGGUUGAAAAGGUUCAAACACCCGAGCAAGUGAGGCUGGCUCUGGAUGCAUUGGCGAAGGGUAUCUACGAGCGCAGUUUCGGUGAUCUAGUCAACCGUAUCAACAACCAGUUAGACAGCAGCAGCGUUACGACUGACGAUACAUUUUUCAUCGGUGUUCUGGACAUUGCUGGCUUUGAGAUCUUCGAGAAAAAUAGCUUCGAGCAACUUUGCAUCAACUACACCAACGAAAAGCUCCAGCAAUUCUUCAAUCAUCAUAUGUUCGUACUGGAACAGGAAGAAUAUGCUCGAGAGCAGAUCGAAUGGCAAUUCAUCGAUUUUGGCAAAGAUUUACAGCCGACGAUUGAUCUGAUUGAAGUGACCAACCCGAUCGGUAUCUUCUCAUGUCUUGAUGAAGAUUGUGUGAUGCCCAAAGCCACCGACAAAUCAUUCACCGAAAAACUACAUUCUCUUUGGGAUAGGAAUUCCCCUAAAUACCGCUCGUCUCGAUUGAGCCAGGGUUUUGUCUUGACGCACUAUGCAGCUGAGGUCGAAUACACCACAGACGACUGGCUGGAGAAGAAUAAAGAUCCUCUCAACGACAACGUGACUCGGUUGUUGUCUGCAUCCAGUGACAAACAUGUUGCAAAUUUGUUUUCCGACUACGUUGAUGCAGAUGAUGCCCAAGGAUUCUCCCGAAGCCGGGUAAAGAAGGGUCUUUUCCGCACCGUUGCGCAGCGACACAAAGAUCAACUCUCAAGCUUGAUGAACCAGCUUCACUCCACACAUCCCCAUUUUGUUCGUUGCAUUUUACCCAAUCACAAGAAAAGGCCAAAACUAUUCAAUGCCCCUCUCGUUCUAGACCAAUUGCGUUGCAACGGUGUCCUUGAGGGAAUUCGUAUUGCCCGGACAGGCUUUCCGAAUCGCCUACUGUUUAGUGAAUUUCGUCAACGGUAUGAAGUUUUGUGUCGUGAUAUGCCCAAAGGUUACUUGGAAGGACAAAAUGCUGCGCAAAUGAUCCUCACCAAACUUGGUAUGGAUAAGACUUGGUACCGAGUUGGAUUGACCAAAGUGUUUUUCAGAGCCGGGGUUCUCGCAGAACUCGAGGAGAAGCGUGACGCUCUUAUUCGUGAAAUAAUGACUCGCUUUCAAUCUGUCGCCAGAGGUUUUGUUCAGCGACGAAUAGCCAACAAGCGUCUGUACAGAGCCGAAGCCACCCGCAUCAUCCAGAAAAACCUCCAUGUGUAUUUGGAUUUGCAAGCAAACCCCUGGUGGAAGCUUUUCACCAAGAUGAAGCCUCUCCUCGGUGCUACCCGCACUGCCGCGGAGGUAAAACGAAGAGAUGAAAAGAUACAGAAUCUUGAGGUCAAAAUGCAACAUGAUUUAGCAGAUCGCCAUAAGCUCGAGGAAGACAAACGGCGUGCAGACCUCGAAGUGAAUCGCAUUAAACAAACUUUGGAAAGCGAGCGAGCUCUAGCUUUGGACAAGGAAGACAUCUUCAAGCGUCUCCAAGUAAGAGAGGUUGAACUCAGUGAGAAGCUAGCAGGAGCUAUUACCGACCAAGAAAAGCUUGAAGACCAACUCGACGAACUCAUAGACGCAAAGCGGAAAGCCGAAGAACAACUCGACUCGAGGAAAGUUCAGCUGGAGCAAGCAGGACAAAUCAUCGCGAGAUUGGAGGCUGAAAAACAGGAACUACAGGAACGCCUAUCAGCCCUGGAAUCUCAAACGAGAGAGCUGGAAAACACGCACUCAACAAAGGACUCUCGUUUACAGAACUUGACCCAGGAAAUCAAAAUGUUGCAAAGUCAAGUUGGCCUAAAAGACCGAAAACUGCAAGACCUGGAAACCAAGUUACUGAAAUCCGAUCAAGAUCUCGAUGUUAAAUUGGCCAAGACCACUAAAGAACUGGAUAGUUCGCGAAAACAGGUGAAGGAUCUUUUUGACGAGAACAAAGCAAUUCGGCAAGAGAUUUCUGAACUUUCGACCACUUCUACAGGCUACGAAGAGAUGCUCCGGCGCAAAGAGGGCGAGCUGUCGGUCCUCCGCAAUGACACAAAACGGCAUGAAGAGGACAAGAAAGCCUUGGAAGCAGAAAAGACGACGCUAUCUAGCAGAUUCAAUGAUAUGCAAACUCGCAUCCGCGAACUUCAAGCACAGGCGGACGCUAUGAAAUUUGAGAAACUGACGCUAGAACGCGAGGCUGCAGAUGUCAAGAAGAUGCUCGAAGCUAAAAUGAAUGAAGACGCAGAAGCCGGCCACAGCAGAAGACUCCUUGACCAGCAAGUCCAGGAUCUGAAAGCUCAGCUUUUCCAACUCCAGACAGACCUCAGCCGCGAGCGCCAGUCCAGGGACGAUGUCCAAAUGUUGGGGGAACACAAACUUACGGAACUCAAGGGAAAAUACGAAUCCUUAAACGAAGCCAAGAUAAUUAUAGAGAAGGAGAUGUAUAUCCAGCAAGAUACCCUUCGCCGUGCUACCGAGUCUCGCACAGUAGCUGAACAGGCGCGGAAAGAACUUCAAGCGGAGCUAAUUAAACUGCGUGAACGGUUCGCCAAUGCCGAAAAAGCACGCAUCGAUGCAGAGAGUAGCAUGGAACGAAGCAUUAUCAACCAAGCUAACGAAAGGCAAGCGAUUAUGCGCAAGGAUUUGGACGCUACGUCUGCGAGGCUGCAAGAAGCAGAUGCUGAGAAAUCUCGACUCUCAGUCCAGGUCCAAGAGCUCACUCAAAUGCUUGCCGACUCAGAGACGUUCCGUGAGCGUCAUGACCAAACCAAGGAACGAAUGGAACGUGAGCUUGUCACAGUCAAGGGCAGGCUGACAGCGUCAGAAAAUGAUAACCGAGCACUGUUGAACAAGAUACAACAGAAGAACUUGGACAUUGCUCGUUCCAACUCCAAGGCCAGCGACAACCAGCGAACUCGGAUUCUACAGCUACAGAACGAAAAGACCAAGCUAGAAGAAGAGUUCAAGAAUAUUCAACGGCAAUUAGGGGAUGCGCAAGUCACUAUAACAUCCGUUGAGAAGCAAAAAGAGAAACUAGCUCUGACUGUUGAAGACUUGAAUCAUGAAGUUGCUCGAGAACACAAAGCCAGUCGUAACGCAGAAAAAACAUCAUCUACAGCCACCAUCCAGCUAUCUGAAGCGAACCGCAACUUGGAAACAGAAAGGCAACUACGGAAUCAAGCACAAGCCAAUACUCGACAGCUGCAGACAGCUUUGGAUCAGUCGCAUAAAGAAAUCGAGGAUUGUCAUCGGCAGUUGAUACUCUUACAUAAAGUCUUUGAUCCAGAAACUACCGAGGCUCCUAAGUCUUGGGAAGCUGUUCAACCUGACUUGUCAAAGAAGGUGGAUCUCGCACAACUCCUGGAAAUGGCACAUAACGAGUUGCGUGUUUCUGAAGAAAAACAUUCAAGGGUGGAGAGUCAACUAGCUGAAAUGCGUCGUCGUCAUGAAGAUGAAAUGAAAGAGAUGGAUGCACGAUAUUCUUCUUCUAAAAGGGCGCUUCUGGAGGAGAUCGACAACAACCAGGUCACCUCUACUCGAUCGCCUACUCACCUUCGAAAAAAUUCUGAAAACGUGAAAAGAUAUUCCAAUCCUUCAACUCCCAACCGACGAUUCAAUUUCAAUGAGGCCGCCCAGGAUUCCGGCAGGUCGGACCGUACUGUGGACACGACAACCUUCCAAAAACGGAUGGAUAUGGAAGCAGAACUUGAAGAGUUGCAGAAUAAACUUCAAAUGACAGAAAUGCAGAACAGAUAUUUGCAAAACCAGCUCGGAAAUGCUACUCCUGUGCGGGACAUGUGGCAGGAUGAGAGCCCAUCUAUUCGUCGAGUUCAACUUUUGGAGCGUGAAAAUGGUCGGUUGCACGAUAAACUUGACGAUUCUGCUAAAAAGGUCUCCGCAUUGGAACGUAUGGUUCAGUCUGGAGAUUUGUCCUUGCGUGAUGUGCAAGCUAAAUCUCAUGAGGAGCUUUUUGACUUGCUCACCUCUCAAGAGCAAUCCAGGAGAUCACUCCUGGGUGUACACAAAAACGCCAUGGCCGAGCUCACAGAUGCGAAAUCUCAAUUCGAGAAGCUAAAACGGAACAAGACUUCACUUGAAGUAGAACUGCGAGAUGCUCGUUCAGACCUUCAGGACUCCGAAAGUGCCAGAGAACAAGAUGCAGCCAGCAGAAACCAAUUGUUACAAGAGUUCUCCGAUCUUCAGAUCCGUCUCGACUCUGAGGAGUCUAAGGUUAUUGAUCUCACUUCCAGUCUUAAUCUAUAUAAGAGUCGUGCCGAUGAGUAUUUCAGCAAGCUUGAGCAGGCCGAAAUCACAGUUCUUAAAGCUGCUCGUGCUGAGCAGUUUGCCAAGUCACAGGCUAAAGAAGCAGAAGAGACGUUUGCCACAGUAAUGGCUGAACGUCAACACAUGGAUUCGCUGGUUGAGGAUCUCCAGCGACAAGUUCAAUCAUACGAAGAAAAGGUUGAAGAUCUUUCAGCCGAUCUGGAUGGUGCUUUGCAAGGCAAGCGCCGUCUACAAAAUGAACUGGAGGAUUACCGAAAUCAACGAGCCUCCGACAUUGAGGACAAGGAAGCAUCCUUAGAGCAAACGCGAAAGAAAUACCAGCGGGAGUUUACAACGCUUACGAAUGAAAUCGAAAUCGAACGUGAGAACGUCCUUCAUGUGCGCGACGAGAACUCUCGAUUGCGUGAGGAGCUAGAAGAUCUUCGCAGCAAGUGGGACAAUGAAGUUCUCAACAGCUCGACCUGGGCCAAAGAAAAGUCACGUCUGGAAAUGACAUUACAAGACGUGUCUACUUCACGAGACCAAGCAGCCAAUGCGCAUAACGAGGCUCAGAGUAAGGUUGUGUCAUUGCUGUCUCAGGUGCGGAAUCUCCGUACGUCCGUGGAUGAUGUCUCCGCAGAACGUGAUAUCUUGAUCAAGGACAAGAAAACUCUAGAGUCUCGGUUGCAGGAAGCUGCAGAUCGAUUGGAGGAUUUGGCGAAUGGAGAUAGCCCUUCAAUGCGAAAUGCAGCCGGCAUGGACCGCGAGAUUUUGGAGCUCAAGUCAAAGAUGGCGCAACACGAAGAUGUUUCUGUAGCAGCAGUGGGCAAGAUGCGCCGCGCUGAAGCUCUCAACACGGAAAUUCAAAAGGAGUUAGCCGCCGAACGAGAAUCGAAUGCUCACCUAUUCAAAGACAAGGCUGCGCUAGAGAAACAACUCAAAGAGGUUCAGCUCCGAUGCAUGGAUUUGGAGACCAAAGGAUACUCCUCAGCUAGCCAGGAUAUCAAAUUCCUUCACAAGCGAGUGAAAGAGCUCGAAAAUCAACUGGAAGACCAAGAGUCUAAAUACAAUGCUGAGCAGCGCUCGGUUCGAAAUGUCGAUCGUACCGUCAAGGAUCUACAAUCUCAAAUUGAUCGAAGGGAUAAAAUGAACGCCCAGCUAUCUGAUGAUAUUAAUAAAUCCCGAGACAAAGUCGAGCGCCUUCUCCAGACCAUCGAAGAACUUCAAUCUUCCGACUCUCAAAGCCAACUUCAAGCAAAGCGGGCAGAACGAGAGCUUCGUGAAGAGCGGGAGAGAGCUCUUCGAAUGGAGAGAGAAUUAGAAGGUUGGAAACAACUUCGUAUUGAAAGGGGUAGUGUUGUUGGUCGAACGAACGCCUUGAGCGAGGUAGAAAGUCGCCGUGGAAGUGGCGUCUACGUUGCCAAUGGCGCGGUUGAAAUCCCUCAGCGAAAAUUUAGCAACACCAAAGGAUUUCUUUGA